AAACUUUAAUUCUCAUUUAAUUUAUAAUUAAAAACUGCUUUAAAAAAGGUUUUGUGGAUCGGGUGUAGUUUAGUGCUGAUAUCUAGGUCUGUUACGUCAUCUAGGCGUUCGCUCUUACUAAACUAAAAUGGCGCCAACGCCGUUCGUUGCUCCAUAACUCCGUCAACGCGUACCAUGUUUUAUCGGUUACUGUGUUAAAUUACAUAGUUUGGUGUAGUAAAUGUUAUAACAUUUAUCUGGUUAAUGAUAAUCAAAGUUAAAUACUUAGCUGACCUUUACAAAAGUGUAAUUUGGCACGUGCAUGAGUUAUUUUUAGAUAGCUUGGACGUGUCGCAUUGCAGGACAAAUCAAUAAUGGCUCGAGACAGGUUUGCCUCCACAUCUUCCACAGAUGAGAAUGAAUCUGGCACUGAUGGAGAGUCUGAGAGAAAACCAAUCACUAUUUCAUAUGGAGGAUUACCCAUGACAUCGCAACAGGGUAAUAUAAUAAUUCGCAAAAGGCGCGGCAAUCUACCAAAGGCGUCGGUGAAGAUAUUGAAACGAUGGCUGUAUGAACAUCGGUAUAAUGCAUAUCCUAGUGAUGCUGAAAAACUAGCUCUUAGUCAGGAAGCCAACCUAACGGUUCUACAAGUAUGCAACUGGUUCAUAAACGCCCGUCGCCGUAUUCUGCCCGAGAUGAUCCGUCGGGAGGGUCAAGAUCCGCUUCAUUACACCAUCUCGAGACGAGGUCGGAAACAACUCAAUUCAAGUGAUGCAGAUGCUGAGGUUGAUGCCAGCGCUAGCAACCUUGUGGUCACUGCCUGGGACGGCUCUGAGAUUGAGGGUGACGGCGAAGGCGAGAGCGGUCGGGACCACGACUACGGCGACGGUCUGCUCGUGUACCGAAGCGAUGGCGAGGGAACUGACCGGUCCCACGACGAAUACUCCGAGGACAAGUACGAUCCCGCCGUUUGGCACUCCGUCAUCCGCUACGGAGCUGAUGAUGCACAUCCGGCCGCGCGCGGAUCGGCAGCGGUAGUGACGGUCCGCACUAUGGACGGUGAAACCGUCGAAGGCGAAGUUCAGAUGGAGACGGACGAGGCGAGCGGAGCAGACACGAGUACGGCCAGCUGGCCCCAGAUCGCUAUUCCGCCGAUGCCUAAAACUACACGCCGUCGCCUUCAGGUCGUGGGAACUAGCGUGCCAGAGACACGUGUAGAGAAAGACAAGUUCAAGUGUCUGUAUCUGCUGGUGGAGACUGCGGUUGCUGUACGCCAACGAGAAAAGGAACAGGACGAACUCCCCGUCUAGGGUAGCAGGUUCGAUUUCUGACCGAACAACUUUCGUUUAUUUUAUCAAAUUUACGUUCUACAAAAAUUCAGUUUGUACACUAUCAAUUGUGAAGAAAAAAAUUGUUAUGAUGUUUUUAGAGAAAGUUGUUCCAUUUAAUCGAAGUAUACCAAUUUUGUAUCAUCAUUAUAUCUAAAGUAACAUAAGGAGGUAAUAAAUUCGACCUGUAAUUUUUUUUGUCAAAUUGAGUUACAAAGUAACUACAAUGUUUUAACUCCAGAUUUGCUUUUGAGUUCUAACUAAAAAUAGCUAUGAAGAUGAACAUGUUUUCAUGUAAAAAUACAUACUUUCCAUGGCAAACAUUACUUCCAGAGAUUAUUCUCAACAAUAAUAUAUCAAUAAACCAGAUUUUACAAUACAUAUAAAACUCAAGAUAGGUAAAUAAUGGA